AUGCUCUUGAUCUUCUUUGACGUCACUGCCCUCAUCUCAAACAUCUGGUCCUGUGAACCAUUACACGUCUUCAUUUUCGCCUUGUAUCUCCUUCUAAAAAGCUCAAAUGAGCUAACUGACAGGCAUCUGCCACUUGUAGUCGCCCUCUUGGAUUCGUUCUUACGUUCCACUCUCCUACUUCUGUAA